UGGGACAUUCCGUUCAAGUCAUUCCACCCACCUCUCCACAUUAUUUUAUUUAACUUUGUUUUGCCUCUCUCAAGUAGCACUGUAUAUAUAGAGAGAGAGAACACUACCGGCAGCACUGUAUGUAUGGAGGGAGAGAGAGACACAGAGAACACUACCGGCAGCACUGUAUGUAUGGGGAGAGAGAGAGACACAGAGAACACUACCGGCAGCACUGUAUGUAUGGGGAGAGAGAGAGACACAGAGAACACUACCGGCAGCACUGUAUGUAUGGGGAGAGAGAGAACACUACCGGCAGCACUGUAUGUAUGGAGAGAGAGAGAGAGACUGUAUGAGAGAGAGAGAGAACACUACCGGCAGCACUGUAUGUAUGGAGAGAGAGAGAGAACACUACCGGCAGCACUGCAUGUAUGGAGAGAGAGAGAAAGAGAACACUACCGGCAGCACUGUAAGUAUGGAGAGAGAGAACACUACCGGCAGCACUGUAUGUAUGGAGAGAGAGAGAGAACACUACCGGCAGCACUGUAUGUAUGGAGAGAGAGAGAACACUACCGGCAGCACUGUAUGCAUGGAGAGAGAGAACACUACCGGCAGCACUGUAUGUAUGGGGAGAGAGAGAGACACAGAACACUACCGCAGCACUGUAUGUAUGGAGAGAGAGAGAGAACACUACCGCAGCACUGUAUGUAUGGAGAGAGAGAGAGAGAACACUACCGCAGCACUGCAUGUAUGGAGAGAGAAAGAGAACACUCACCGCAGCACUGUAUGUAUGGAGAGAGAGAACACUACCGCAGCACUGUAUGUAUGGAGAGAGAGAGAGAGAGAGAGAGAGAAAGAGAACACUACCGGCAGCACUGUAUGUAUGGAGAGAGAGAGAGAACACUACCGGCAGCACUGUAUGUAUGGAGAGAGAGAACACUACCGGCAGCACUGUAUGUAUGGAGAGAGAGAGAACACUACCGGCAGCACUGUAUGUAUGGAGAGAGAGAGAACACUACCGGCAGCACUGUAUGCAAGGGGAGAGAGAGAACACUACCGGCAGCACUGUAUGCAUGGGGGGAGAGAGAACACUACCGGCAGCACUGUAUGCAAGGGGAGAGAGAACACUACCGGCAGCACUGUAUUCAUGGAGAGAGAGAGAGAGAGAGAGAGAGAGAGAACACUACCGGAAGCACUGUAUGCAUGGAGAGAGAGAACACUACCGGCAGCACUGUAUGCAUGGAGAGAGAGAGACAGAGAACACUACCGGCAGCACUGUAUGCAUGGAGAGAGAGAACACUACCGGCAGCACUGUAUGCAAGGGGAGAGAGAACACUACCGGCAGCAUUGUAUGCAUGGAGAGAGAGAACACUACCGGCAGCACUGUAUGCAUGGAGAGAGAGAACACUACCGGCAGCACUGUAUGCAUGGAGAGAGAGAAAACUACCGGCAGCACUGUAUGCAUGGAGAGAGAGAAAACUACCGGCAGCACUGUAUGCAUGGAGAGAGAGAAAACUACCGCCAGCACUGUAUGCAUGGAGAGAGAGAAAACUACCGCCAGCACUGUAUGUAUGGAGAGAGAGAGAAAACUACCGCCAGCACUGUAUGUAUGGAGAGAGAGAACACUACCGGCAGCACUGUAUGUAUGGAGAGAGAGAACACUACCGGCAGCACUGUAUGUGUGGAGAGAGAGAGAGAACACUACCGGCAGCACUGUAUGUAUGGAGAGAGAGAGAGAACACUACCGGCAGCACUGUAUGUAUGGGGAGAGAGAGAGACACAGAGAACACUACCGGCAGCACUGUAUGUAUGGAGAGAGAGAGAGAGAGAGAACACUACCGGCAGCACUGUAUGUAUGGAGAGAGAGAGACACAGAACACUACCGGCAGCACUGUAUGUAUGGAGAGAGAGAGAGACACAGAGAACACUACCGGCAGCACUGUAUGUAUGGGGAGAGAGAGAGAGAGAACACUACCGGCGCACUGUGGCUGCAUGAGAGAGAGAGAGAGAGAGAGAGAGAGAGAGAGAGAGAGAGAGAGAGAGAGAGAGAGAGAGAGAGAGAACACUACCGGCAGCACUGUAUGUAUGGAGAGAGAGAGAGAGAACACUACCAGCAGCACUGCAUGUAUGGAGAGAGAGAGAAAGAGAACACUACCGGCAGCACUGUAUGUAUGGAGAGAGAGAGAGAACACUACCGGCAGCACUGUAUGUAUGGAGAGAGAGAACACUACCGGCAGCACUGUAUGUAUGGAGAGAGAGAGAACACUACCGGCAGCACUGUAUGUAUGGAGAGAGAGAGAACACUACCGGCAGCACUGUAUGCAAGGGGAGAGAGAGAACACUACCGGCAGCACUGUAUGCAUGGGGGGAGAGAGAACACUACCGGCAGCACUGUAUGCAAGGGGAGAGAGAACACUACCGGCAGCAUUGUAUGCAUGGAGAGAGAGAACACUACCGGCAGCACUGUAUGCAUGGAGAGAGAGAACACUACCGGCAGCACUGUAUGCAUGGAGAGAGAGAACACUACCGGCAGCACUGUAUUCAUGGAGAGAGAGAGAGAGAGAGAACACUACCGGCAGCACUGUAUGUAUGGAGAGAGAGAACACUACCGGCAGCACUGUAUGCAUGGAGAGAGAGAGACAGAGAACACUACCGGCAGCACUGUAUGUAUGGAGAGAGAGAGACACACACAGAGAACACUACCGGCAGCACUGUAUGUAUGGGGAGAGAGAGAGACACAGAGAACACUACCGGCAGCACUGUAUGUAUGGAGAGAGAGAGCACACUACCGGCAGCACUGUAUGUAUGGAGAGAGAGAGAGAGAGAGAGAACACUACCGGCAGCACUGUAUGUAUGGAGAGAGAGAGAGAGAGAGAGAGAGAGAGAGAGAGAGAGAGAGAGAGAGAGAGAGAGAGAGAGAACACUACCGGCAGCACUGCAUGUAUGGAGAGAGAGAAAGAGAACACUACCGGCAGCACUGCAUGUAUGGAGAGAGAGAAAGAGAACACUACCGGCAGCACUGCAUGUAUGGAGAGAGAGAGAGAACACUACCGGCAGGACUGUAUGUAUGGAGAGAGAGAGAGAACACUACCGGCAGCACUGUAUGUAUGGAGAGAGAGAGAACACUACCGGCAGCACUGUAUGUAUGGAGAGAGAGAGAACACUACCGGCAGCACUGUAUGCAAGGGGAGAGAGAGAACACUACCGGCAGCACUGUAUGCAUGGGGGGAGAGAGAACACUACCGGCAGCACUGUAUGCAAGGGGAGAGAACACUACCGCAGCACGUAUGUGCAUGGAGAGAGAACACUACCGCAGCACUGUAUGCAUGGAGAGAGAGAACACUACCGGCAGCACUGUAUUCAUGGAGAGAGAGAGAGAGAGAGAGAGAACACUACCGGCAGCACUGUAUGCAUGGAGAGAGAGAACACUACCGGCAGCACUGUAUGCAUGGAGAGAGAGAGACAGAGAACACUACCGGCAGCACUGUAUGCAUGGGGGGUGGAGAGGAGAGAACACUACCGCAGCACUGUAUGCAUGGAGAGAGAGAACACUACCGGGCAGCACUGUAUGUAUGGAGAGAGAGAACACCACCGCAGCACUGUAUGCAUGGGGGGGUGGAGAGAGAGAACACUACCGCAAGUAAUUCGUAUGCAUGGAGAGAGAGAAAACUACCGCCAGCACUGUAUGCAUGGAGAGAGAGAAAACUACUGCCAGCACUGUAUGCAUGGAGAGAGAGAAAACUACCGCCAGCACUGUAUGUAUGGAGAGAGAGAACACUACCGGCAGCACUGUAUGUAUGGAGAGAGAGAGAGAACACUACCGGCAGCACUGUAUGUGUGGAGAGAGAGAACACUACCGGCAGCACUGUAUGUGUGGAGAGAGAGAACACUACCGGCAGCACUGUAUGUGUGGAGAGAGAGAACACCACCGGCAGCACUGUAUGUGUGGAGAGAGAGAGAGAACACUACCGGCAGCACUGUAUGUGUGGAGAGAGAGCAUACUACCGGCAGCAGUGUAUGUAUAGAGAGCGCAUACUACCGGCAGCCGUGUAUGUAUGGGUUAUAAAGGAACGGUUCCCUUCAAACCCUCAUGCACACAGUAUUUGA